AUGAAAUUAUUCUAUGGACAAUUAAUAUACCGUACAUCGAAGAUUUUUACUACACGCGUUACUGUUGAGACGAGGUUUCUUCGUUCUUCCCGCACUCCCUCGACAAAGACUUCACACACUUAUUCACGGGGAAACUUACGUAUCAGUCAACAGAUUGGAAAAUUGUGGAACUCAAGAUUGACCACGGUGAAUCUUUCUUCGAACAAGGAUUCCGAUGGCAAUCAUUUCAUGAAUUAUGAGGAACAUCCCUUUCGUCCAACGAGAAAGAUAUCUUUUCGAGAUAUAAUAUUAGAGACGAAGCGUAAAAUCAUCGGCUCGUUCAUGCCCAAGGGAUAUCCUGAUUCAGUGACCGGGGAUUAUUGGGGGUUCGCAAAAUGGGAAUUUAUUCGUAACGUUGCCGGAUCCGUAACCGGAGACUUUAUUGUUCGCAAUGGGAUUGGGGGAGAAGUCGAUUCCUGUGCGUUAAAGUCGUUAUCCCAUCUUGCCGCGACGUUAAACUGGGUCAUCAAAGACGGGCUGGGUCAACUAGGUGGUGUGAUAUAUGCCGCGUUCAUAAAUAAUCGAUUUGAUUCAGAACCGAAGCGCCAUCGAUUCCAGGCCACGGUCGCAAUGCAAUUUUCCUCUUUGUUGGAAUUGUUGGUUCCUUUAUGUCCCGGGCUUUUUCUAAUAGUCGCAUCAAUUUCAAACAUCGGUAAAAUUUUGUCAGUCGGUCUUGAUUUAAGAAUAUUUCAUUCCAUCA